CGGAGGGGCCCGGCAGCGCCCGCCCCGGACGGCGAGGCGGCUGCGGCCGGGAUAUGGGGGGCUGCCGGCGCCGCGCUCCCCGGGGGCGCGAGGGGCAGGGCCCAGAGAAGCAGGCUGCGAACGGCGGGGUCGAGCCGGGCCUGCGGGAGCCGGUGGAGGCCCUCGCGCCUGGGGUGCUCGGUGGUAGCAGGGCGGCGGUCGGUCCUUGUUGAAGCUCGCGUUCGUUACUGACUUUGGGUUCCACUUCCCCUUGCGGGCCUUGGGACUCGCCCCAGUGGUACCAGAGUGGUGCAUGAGGCAGGGGGGUGGUAGGGGUUCAGUGAACCUGAAAGACUACCUAAGGGCAGUACGUGAAGGGGUUAAACUUUUCCACCCACUGUGCCUUUUGCUUGGUCUCUCUGAUACCCACUCAUGACUUUCCUGGCUUUUGUCCCAGUUCUGUGAAAAGGUUGCCGUUCCUCCUCACUGCUUGUUUCUGAAAAGCUGGUAAACAUUAACUGAGGGUAUAGGUAAAGCUGCAGCUUUGCUGCCUGGGGCCCUCAAGAGACUGCAGAGAUGGGGACUUGUGGUACAUUGUGGUACAAUAUAAUGAGGCCCUUCCCAUGUUAGAAAAGCCCAGAUCCUUCAGGCAUCUUUGUCGUUCCUUUCCCCUCUGCAUGCCCCAGGAGGGUGGGGAACACUGAAUUACCUUGAGCCUCCAAACAGUGUCUUGCAGAAUUUCAUAGUCUGGGGUACUGGGCUGCUGAAAGGUCCUUCUGUGGUCCUCCAGGGCUGAAUGAGCAGUCCUGCAGGCGUGUCCACCUCUACUAGUUAAAUGAGAUCCUGAUUCUUCCUUUGUCAGCAAGAAGAACAGCAGCUGCCCCUGGGAUCAGCCCAUGUCCUGCCGUUGUGGCCUGGAUUUGUGGACUGUGGAGUGAGCCCUAUGCUCUGCAACUCUGUCAUGGUGGGUCUCUACUGCCAGACAGUGAUUUUCAUCCCCAGUAUGUUUUAUAAUAGGGCCCUGAGGAGUUAUUCAUGCAAAGCCUCUGGAUCAUCUGGGCAAAUGUAGAAGCUGCGGUUUAUCAAAGCUAAACAUUCUACCUAUAUCUGAGUUGCUGAAACAAGACUGCCUAGAGGAAAGACUGGCACAGUGAGAAUUCUUUCAACAUGGGUGGAAAACUUUCACCGUUCUGGAAGACACCUGACCAAAAGGAGAGGGAAGGCAAACUGAUCUUACCCAGGCAACUGGAUGCUGAAGGUGAAAUCGCCAAUUAUGCUAGUAUCAAUGACUCUGCUACAUCCUGUGCACCCUGUGCGGGCAUUGCACGUCGAAGCUGUGUCAACUGUCCAACAUGUCAGGGAACAGGAAGGAUCCCCAGGGAGCAAGAGAAGCAGCUGGUGGCGCUGAUUCCAUAUGGUGACCAGAGGCUGAAGCCUAGACGAACGAAACUCUACGUAUGUGUUGCUGUGACAAUUUGCCUGCUGACAACAUCUCUCAGUAUUUUUUUCCUGUUUCCUCGCUCUGUUACUGUGCUGCCUGCAGGGCUGAAUGCCUCCUCCGUUGGCUUUAAUGCCACUACCACCAGUAUAUGCCUCAACAUGACAAACAUGCUGAACAUAACUAAUAACAAUUUCUACCUGGUCACUGUUGUGCAGCUAGACAUAGAGGUUUUGCACCAGUCCCUAGUAGUAGGGAAGACCACCAUGAAAACCCUGCUGAAUAUGAGCCCUUUGCAGAGCAGCCAGAUCUAUUAUACAGUGGCCAGUAGGAUAUUGGACGACAACACCUAUAACAUUUGUACCUGGACAAAAGUCAAAGUUCACAAUGUUCUGCUGCAUAUACAGGGUACCCUGACCUGCACAUACCUGUGUCAUUCAGAGCAGCUGGCUUUUGAAGACUACCAGUAUGUGGACUGCCGGGGGAAUGCCACGCUACCUCACCCGCUGUACCACCGUGUGCCAUGACAGGGCCAGGUUGACAGAGCUUUUGGGUGCAGCAUAUUCCAGCACAAAGGCAAGUCACAGGGAGACAAACUUCUGGGGCUUCUUCUCAAGCUAUGCCUUCAACAGGAGGCUUGGUGUUUCCUGGAUAAGACUUCCAUCUCUAACGCAAAGAUGGUAACAUACUUGGCCUUGUGAAUGUGGACUCAGCUGCCCUCAGAUUGCAGCUUUCUUUUUUCAGUGCUUUAUCAUGGCUGAUGCUUCAGCAGAGUGACCAGUGCACAGGGUGUUUCUGUGUGGCUGAUCAGAGUGGACCACACUCUGUUUCACUGCUACUUUGGAGGCAGCGCCCUGUUAGUCAGACUAACUAGUUGUUUCCUCCUUGCAUAAUUUUGCACUUCUGUCCUGAAUUUAAGUAUUUCAUAACUUGAAAAAGGACUGUGAUGAAACUUUUUGGCUGGAUUGCAUCUGCAUCACCAGAAUCUAACGACAUUUGCACAACAAGAGCAAGAAACAGGACUGAUGUCUCCAUCUCCUAAGAAAAACUACUGCAUGUCAUGCCAAAACACCUUGUGAGAGUGACUCAUGGGUGACUGCUGUUUUAAGCUGUCCACUAUAGCAGGUGAGAAUAUGCAUUUUUGCAUAUAUGUAUUGUUAAAGCAAGCUCAUCUACUAGCUGUUGCUUAAUGGCGUCCAUUUCAGUGAGAAGAAAAUGCAUUUUGUACCACAAACUAAAAAGAUAGCUGCUUUCCUGCCA